AUGACUUCUAGUAACUUUCCCACUCGAUUAGCCGACUUGUCGUUGAACGAUGCCAGCAUUCACCCGUCCUUUUAUGCCAACAUUAGAUCUCUUCGCAAAUCUGUUCUUUCCGUACCGCACCGCUUAGCAUCCAUUUUAGCAGACGCCGCAUUCGCCAAACAAGUUUCCGAACAUUACAAUCUGCCCCUCGUAGCGAAUGAGCGGUGUGGAAGCUGGUACAUCGAUCCAGGAGACAAAGUGGGAAGUGCGUACUUCAAAAGCACCGACGGUCAUCAUGGGCAGUGGUCGUUCUCGCUCCGACGACUCAACCUGCAACUGUUACCUUUGCUGGCAAAACACGGUGGAGCCGUGGUCGUGGAUUCGACGAGGCGAGGUAAGAACUUGCCCGACGCAUUCAGCAAGACCGUACCGAUCUGGGUGUCCGUCAUCAACAGGACGCUGUUCCCUGAAAUUCCGGACGCCCACAUCCUCCAGCUUCCUCCAGCUCCAAAUGACCUGGGACGUUCCGAAAUCUCUCAAAUCGAAUCUAGACUCGACAUGUUUGCAAAUUCCCUCCGAGAACUUCAACUUGACUUUGUGGCUCUCCGGAAUGAGUUGGUGCACCCGAUUCGAUUACAAUGGGCCAUCAACGGUUCGUUCGAUGUCGAUGUCGAUGUCGGUCCUGAUGCAGAGGUCUCCACAAUGUUUCCCAAAGAAGCCCACCAGCUUGUGCUAUGCAGUGCCUCGCGUCGUGUCCAUGGAGCCGAAAUCUCCGAGGGUGGCUACAUUCAAGGGGCCGGCGAUGACAGUGAGGGCUGGAGCUACGGUCUCACAGCCCAGGUAUUCUGGAGGCAUCGACAACUCCUGAUGUCUACAUCUGAAGAAGAACUUCCAGGACUUGUUGGGAAAUUGAUGGAGGAUGAUCAAGGGAUUAGUCGGAACAAAGAUGAAGGCACAGUCAUUACUCCGACAGACAGUCUUUACAUCUGUGCAGGCACAGUUGUUGGCAACGAGGAUGAUACCUACGACCUCGUCAUUGAUUGUAACGGCGACGCUGAAAGUAACGCAGUCAACCCUGAGACCAUCGGUCUGGCAUGUCGUCUUGGGAAGCUUGGGAGCAAAGACCUUCGAGAGAAAUUACCCAUGGUUGCUGAACUUGUCAAAGAUCGACUCUUGAAGGAUGACCACGCUCGGAUUCUGAUAACCUGCACAACGGGCAAGGACCUGAGUGUGGGCGUUGCGGUUGCUCUUCUUUGUCUCUACUACGAUGACACUGGCCACGUCAAAGACAAUCUCAGGACGGGAAAGCCUGAGAAGGUUGAUAAACUUCUUGUCAAGCAACGUCUGGCAUGGAUCAGCUCUGCAAUCCCGGGGGCCAAUCCUUCGAGGUCAACCCUGCAGGCAGUCAACUCCUUCUUGAUGCAACGGCCGGAAGGAUUCUAG